GAAAGCUACGCGCGCGGCGCAAUGGCAAACCCGACUGACGCGUCUUCAGCACAGCCUCUCGGAUCAGUGCAAAAAACGCGUAUGGGAAAAUAAAGACUUUAUGCUGUGUUUUUUAAAAGCAUUGCAACAUCUUUUGCCUGUCGAUCACGCCAACAAAUCGUGAUUGGAUCCGUCUGAUCAUGAGUGUCUAAAGGGUCACAAUUUGGGCAUUACAACGCAGAUAGCCGACACCACAACUAAUGUGUUUAUGAGUGCAGUGGACCCUUAUUACAGUAUUGGACGGCUUCUCGAAAUCGGAAUAGUAACAUCUGUUAUUCAUAGGAGCCAGCUGCACCAGCUAUAUAGUAUUCGAGCAUCCUUCCGCCAGUGUGCAUCAUCGUCAUCAUCGCGCCCUGCAGCUCCAUCGCACGAAGGAGGAUCCGCAGAGGAGCUCUCCGGGCAACACUACACGCACAUUCAGAUGAUGCUUUGGAUGUAAAAAGUAAAUAACGAUGGGGAAAGAUCAGGAAUUACUUCAUGCGGUGAAGACUGAGGACCUGAUGACGGUGCAGAAGCUCCUGCAGAGGCCCAAACCUGGGAAAGCAAAGUUGCUGGGCUCUGCCAAGAAGGUGAAUGUCAACUUCCAGGACACUGAUGGUUUUUCACCACUGCACCAUGCAGCUCUCAAUGGGAAUAUAGAGCUUAUAUCCUUGCUGUUGGAUUCUCAGGCCAUAGUGGACAUCAGAGACCAUAAAGGGAUGCGACCUCUGCAUUAUGCAGCAUGGCAGGGCAAGUCUGAGCCUAUGAAAUCGCUGCUGAAGUCGGGCUCUUCAGUAAACGGUCAGUCUGACGAGGGUCAGAUCCCACUGCAUCUGGCUGCUCAGCACGGACACUAUGACGUUUCUGAGAUGCUUCUCCAGCACCAGUCAAACCCCUGUAUAGUGGACAAUGCCGGGAAGAUGCCAUUGGACUUGGCCUGUGAAUUCGGCCGUGUUGGGGUGGUCCAGCUGCUACUGAGCAGUAACAUGUGUGCAGCUCUGUUGGAGCCCAAGCCCGGAGACUCGACUGAUCCCAACGGCACCAGCCCACUGCACCUUGCUGCCAAGAAUGGACACAUCGACAUCAUCAGACUGCUGAUCCAGGCUGGCAUCGACAUAAACAGGCAGACCAAAGCUGGCACUGCCCUUCAUGAGGCUGCACUUUGUGGGAAGACUGAUGUGGUGCGCCUCCUGCUGGAUAGUGGCAUCAAUGCAGCAGUGAGGAACACGUACAGCCAGACAGCGCUGGACAUUGUCUACCAGUUCACUGCCACACAGGCCAGCCGUGAGAUCAAACAGAUGCUACGAGACGCCUCAGCAGCCUUGCAGGUCAGGGCUCUGAAGGACUACUGCAACAACUACGACCUAACUAGCCUUAACAUAAAGGCUGGAGACGUUAUCACGGUGUUGGAGCAGCAUCCAGAUGGAAGAUGGAAGGGCUGCAUCCAUGACAACCGUACAGGAAAUGACCGUGUGGGUUACUUCCCCUGCAGCAUGGUGGAGGUGAUCAGUAAGAGGCCCGGUGCUGCGGGUUCAUGGAGUACAGUCACUUGUACCCAACAGUAUCAAAAGAUACAGCUCUGUGCGCCGGUGUGCGGCCCUGUGUCGCCCGCCGUUGCCAUGGUGAAUGGGGACUCGUACCAUGAGAUUCAUAUCCUGCCGCCUCCUCCACCUCCGCCACCACAUUCCCAUCUGCCACUUUUCACUUCCUUUGGCUAUAACAGGUCCCCAAACACCUCAGGAGAGCCACACAGUGGACAAGAGACCAAGAAUGACCCAGAUUUGUCCAGUUCUCGCGGUCCAGAUUCCAGUCCCCAUGGCUCACCCACCCCAGUUGGUGGCCCCCAGUGCGGCAGCAGUGAGGAGAUCUGGGUACUGCGCAAGCCUGUGGCAGGUGGAGACCGAAGUAGUGUGGGCAGUUCAGGUAGCGUGGCCAGUGCUCGAUCCUCUGGUAGUGGACAGAGCGCAGGCAGCAGCAGUAUCCUCCAUGCACAGGCAGAGGGAGUCAAGCUUCUGGCCACAGUUUUGUCCCAGUCUGCCAAAGCUAAAGAACACCUCCUGGAGCAGACCAAGUCUUUGGAUCACCCUGCAGUUUCCACCACAAAGGGACCCUCCUCACGCAGUCAGAGUUUAUCAAGCUGUCCGCUUCACGAGCAGCCAUGUGGGGAGGCGGCAUCCCAGAGGAAAGGGGAGGUGCUGCCCGAGGGGAAGAACUCAGAGGCUGUUAUCGAAUGGCUGAGUGAAUUUCAGCUGCAGGUGUAUGCUCCAAACUUCAUCAGCGCCGGCUAUGACAUUCCUACCAUUAGCCGAAUGACCCCAGAGGAUUUAACUGCCAUUGGAGUGACCAAACCAGGACAUCGAAAGAAGAUAACUUCAGAGAUAAACAAGCUUACCAUAAAUGAGUGGCUGCCUCACAAAAAAACGGCAACUCUAGGAGAAUGGUUAGCCAUGAUUGGGUUGAGCCAGUACCAUCAAGUUCUGGUCCAAAACGGAUAUGAGAACAUUGACUUUAUCACUGACAUCACGUGGGAGGACCUUCAGGAAAUUGGCAUUAUAAAGCUUGGACACCAGAAGAAGCUUAUGCUGGCAGUGAAGAAGCUGGCAGAGAUCCAGAAGGCCUCAGACGGUCGCAACACAUUGCACAAAAAGCCACCAGCCACUCAAGAUGUGAUGGCCAUUGAGAGCCCACCUCAUGACAGUGGGGAGUGUAUGUCCCCUAAAAUGAGCACUUUCCAGGACAGUGAACUGAGCGGGGAGUUACAGGCUGCUCUCACUCGCCCUGCAGAUUGCCAGGAUGGCUCAGAGGUCAGGACCACCAGCUCCCUGGGUGCACAGCAGCAAGCCCACAGUCUACAUGAGAGCAGCAUUAAUAAGAGCCGAGACUCAGAGGAGCAUAGCGGACCACCCAGGAAGGAAGCACGAACCAUGCGUCAAAGCAGCCAGGGAGGUCAGAGAAGUGUCUCAUCAACUCAGCUUAAACCCCGCCAGUCAUAUCCCCAUGGUGCAGGACCACCCUACACGCCACCACAGAGCUCCACCAAAACAAAGCCUCUGACUUCACUAACUAUGGCUGCCCCACAGGGUAAACCAAAACCUAGUCCUCAGCUAAUCCAGCAGACAGAAAAGCCUGUGUCACCACAUUCUCUUCCCCAGUCCCCCACUCACAGGUCCUAUCCCCACCCAGCUGCACAGCCUGUGGAAUCUGUAGAGGCUACACCCCCAGGACCUGCCGUCUCAGUGCCACUCUUGUGCCUGCCACAAGAAAGCGAUGAACCUUGCGAUAAGCAUGGACUGCCUAAAAAACGUGCCCACAAUUUUAAUCGCUAUGCUGUGUCUGACGGUGAGCAGGAGACUGACGAGCUAAACAUAUCAGAUUCAGGAGGAAAGUACGCUACAGUACAACACCCCCGGGUGGGCCGCAGCAACUCAAUGAAAGGGCAGGCAGACAAGAAUGUCAACCGAAGUCAGUCUUUUGCACUCAGACAGAAGAAGAAGGGUCCACCUCCGCCUCCCCCCAAACGCUCCAGUUCGGCCAUCUCAAGCUCCAGCAGUAAUCUGACAGAAGUGCCCAAGGAGACAAGCAGUGGACCCCUACUGGAGGUCCCCUACCAACCACUAAGGCGUGCUAGCGACCUGGGUGGCACUGUGGAUACGGGUAGUGCGGGUAGUGUGAGGAGCAUUGCAGCCAUGCUGGAAAUGUCCUCCAUUGGAGGGGGUACCAAGGGUCUGGCUCUGCAGAAAUCUGCAGGUCACUAUCUGCAGAUGGGUCCUGCAGGAGCAAAGCAGCGUGAUGCCAUUGGACUGGAUGGGGAAGUAGUGAACCGUCGCAGGACCAUUAGUGGGCCAGUCACUGAGUUGGUAGCAGCUGCUAAACGAGGACCACAGCCUGGGUCAGAGCCUGUCCAGGAUAGACAUCUCAAUGAACCACAGCCAAGCUCCAGUGGAAGCUCUGCAGAGAACCUUCCAUUUGCUGAGGAAAUGGAUGGAAACCUCACCAUUAAACAAAGACACAGGCAGGGCAAGGAUGAGGCUGAGGCUGAGGAAGGCACAGACAUGCCAUGCUGUCUACCCCCGGAGGAGCUUUCAUGUGUUGAUGCCACAGCCACACUGAAAAGGAGGGUACAACAACCCAAUGGCACCAAGUUUCAACUCACAGAGUCAAAUACGGUUAAGCGACGCCCCAAGAGCAAAGACAAAGAUGCAGAGGAACUUCAGGAUGGGCAGAUAACUGUACCCUAUGAGAAUGGGACUGGCACAAUUAAAAGGCGCCCUACGUCAGAGGUGACCGUUUCAGAGCAGCCUAGGCCACAGGAACAUCCUGAGAACUCUCCCCAUCGGGACAUUGUAGACCUGGAGGGCCACUCUACUGAGACACCCACUCGUAAGCCUGUCAAACCCCCAGUGUCACCCAAACCUCUUCUGGCCCAGCACAUGAAGAAACAAGGACCUCCAGCUGCCAUGACCAAGAAAGCCCCUUUUCCUGGACCAGCCGGGGCACCUGGCAGCCCAGUUGAAGGAAAAAAAGUACCUCCUCCGGUCUCACCGAAACCUGUACCUCCUCCAACGGCUCCCAAACCAUCCAAAACUGUUCUGCAGUCUAUGAAUGCAACACCUAACCUGACUCCAAUGCCAUCUCCAGCCAAGCAGAUGGUCACCAGUGUGCCCAGCACAGCUUCUGCCCAAACCAACAACUCUGUCAAGGCUGAAUCCCCACCAGCCCUGAGUGCCCAGACCCCUCACACACCCCAGAGUCCACAAACACCACAGACACCGCAGACACCACAAACCCCGCAGACACCACUUACUCCUCAGACAUCAGGCCCCCCAACCCCCAUACCCACACCCCCACCUGUGAAGCCCCCUCGCUCCUCAAUCAGUGGGGUGUCUAUGGACAAUGCAGCUGGUUCAGGGUUUAUGGCAGGUGUAGUGACAGCAGAUGCAGUGCACCAGAAGAUAGAGGAGACCAAUGCUUCACUGGCUGCAGCCCUGCAGGCAGUUGAGGAGAAGAUCAAGGAGGAUGGGCAUAAAGACUCAAUGGCUGAAAACAAGAGCACAGUGAGUAUCCUAGAUGACAUCAGCAGCAUGUUCGAUGACCUGGCUGAUCAGCUGGAUGCCAUGCUGGAGUGAAGAGCACAGCUUGUGUCUCUGUGGCACAACCUCAGGGCCCCGGGAGAGCACAAGGGCACAAUGACCAACCACAGACCCACUCAUCUACUCCUCCAAAUCCUCAUGCCUUGACCCCCUCCCCCCCCCCCCCUCCAUUCUCCAUUAUCAUGAAACACCCAUCUCUCUUUUCUUCCCCCGAGUUGGUUUGCACAAACCCCGAGCUGAUGUACCUCAGGACUGGGCAGAAAACCAUCCAGGGCUUUAGACAUACCAGACAGAGCAGAGGGUGGAGAGGCAGAGGUUGGGUUUUAAAACAAAGAACCUCAACUGUCUGUUCUUUUUUUUCAGACUCCUUGGAGUAUCUCAAUCUAUCAUGAGCAAUUAUUAGUAAAAUAAUAUGAAAACAAUAACUACUGUAAAUGAAAUAAUAGUAUGGUAUGUGUACAUUGUAAGCAUGAAGAAAGUUUGUAUCUAUACAGAAAAAAAUCUCAUAGUGAGAGUCAUGCAUUAGUACAUUAAUAUAUAUAAAUAUAUAAAUAUAAAUAUUUUAUGGUUUUAUUUCAUGUAAAAUGGUACAGUGUUGAGACAUUAAAAUACAUAUAAACUUUGAUGACAGAUAUGUGGAUUUUUCUAUGAUUAUAAUGGAGUUAUAAAAAAAAACUUACAGCUGGCUUAAACUUCCUGUAUGUUUGGCUGUGUUCUGCUGAUGAGUGUCGUGGGCUGUGUUGAAUGUAGUGACUGAAGUGGCUGUUUGACCCCUUGCUCUGUGCUUGCUCUGGGCUCCCGCUCUGUGCUGCAGUGUAACCCUAUACUUUCCAUUCACUUUCUGCCUGUGUGAACUCAUACAUUCCUGCACAGCUUUCCCCUUCCCUUUCUCUCUAUAUUCCUGCCCUUAUCUUGUGCAGUGUCCCAUGUGCCUUAACAUGAGAGGUGACCUCAGUGCUGCUAACACACAAGCAAACAUGCGAUCAAGGCAAGACAGGCACCAUGUCUGUGUGUUAGGCGUUGCCUUAUGCCAGUGAAAAGUGAUGGUAUGCUCUGAUUGGGCAAGGAGGAAUGACCUCAUCCUGCACCACCUCAAUACCUCAACCAUCUGCAAGGUGAUACACAGGCUGUGCCAAAAAUGAAAAAUGCUGCCUUCAUUGGCAGUAUAUAGAGAUAGGAAGGCAACAAGGAAAAUCCAUAUCCAAUGUUUGUGUAACAAACUGUCUUCUAAGAUGCCUUCAUCUGGUUGGUUUUUGAAGGCAGCAUGGAUGUGUUCCCAUCCGCCAAUGAUAUUCCACAACCCUGUGUGUGCAGUUCAGCAGUUGGUUGAAAGAAUAAGAAUGGCAUAUAAAGGAGUGUUUGAAAGAAAUACAUUUAUUUAUAAAUGCUCAUCUUUUCUUAUGAGAAAUAAGAAUUGUACUUACAAAAUAUUUUCUUGGUUAUCUCAAGUUCACUUGAAUUUGAUUUAGAUCAUUAGACAUGAUGUUAUGGUGCCUGGGAAUUCAGGCUGAAUCCAGUGUCCUUAUGAGGUACCUUCAUACACAAAACGCUGUCUGUAAAUGAUUUGACUGACUGGGCAGCAAAGCACCAUGAUAGGCCAUUGUGUAGGCUUUUACUUUAUGAGUGACCUCUGAGGAACGGGUGAGCACAAUGGGAGCCUUCUUCAGUGGAAUGGUCUAGUGAUUGAGGAUUGAGAAGGUUGAACGUUAGAGGAAGCACAAAAUGAGGAAGUUGCGAAUGUGCAUGGGACUUUUGAAGACAUAAAACAGGAAUAUAAAAGAAACAUGAAUAGGAGAAGCUUUGAAUGGACAGUGUAGUGAACUUACAAGGAUUUUGUGGAAGUCUGCAAUAUGGAUGUGUUUGAAGGUUGGGUGCACACCAUUUCCAUCUGCCAAUGGAUAUUUAAUGUCAGCACAUUGCUCAGUAGCUGUUUAAGGGUGAGAAUGUGCCAUGGUGUGCCUGUUUUAACUGCAUCCCCAAUAUUGUACAGACAGGCAUGUCCUUAAUGACCAAAGCUAGAACACUAGUCUGAGACCAAGAGUAGGUUAUGUAUUAUCCAUUCUAGCAACUGUAACAGUAUCUGCAGGGGUUAAAUAAAUUCAGAGAAUCACUUUAAAUAGCUUUAGAUGGACAUUUUGAGGGUAGUAUGAAUGAUGCAUUUGUAGUCAGAACACAUUAAAGUUUGGUCUCUGUGGACAUGUAAUGUUUUCCGGUGUAACUGGCAGGGCACAGCUUGCUGUUAUGAUGGCACUGGUCACAAGUGAAUCUCUUGCAAACCUCUGAAUGUCAUUAUCUCAUUGCCAGCAAACUGUCUGUCCUCUGUUACUUUAACCAUCCUCAAUGUUGCCAUGACAAUCUUCUUACUCAUUAUUAGAAUUGCCACAGUAUCCAAAUGAUGGUCCUGAAAUGGUUGAGUAAUUAGAAUAGAAAAGGGCCCAAAGGUGAUGUGUAGGUCCCACACUGCUCUACUCACUUGAAGUAGCUCCAUAAUUGCAAAAUCCCUUCACUUGAUCUCAUAAAGAAUAUUUGUAAUAUUUAAGUUAUGAACAGAUUUUAUUAUAGAUGUUUUCAACAAGUAUUUAAUGAUGCAGCAUCAAUAGGGCUUGUUGAUGAAACUGAAAUUAUUUGAGAUAAGAGUUUAAAGUGUCUUCUUGGCUCAGUGUUUUAAAUUAAUUGUAAAUGGUAAUUUUUAGAACUCCAGUUUUCUUUUUUAAGGUAGCUUUUUGUGAUAAGUUUUUGGAUUGCCAUGUCUUCAGAUUAAAUAAUUUGUAUAUUAUGCAAUGUUAAGUUUUUUUAAAACAUGUAUGUGCCUUGCUUAUGUUUGUUUUAUUUUGUCUGAAGUCUUUCAUGUUUCAACUGUGUAGACAAUAUAUGGUCUCUUUCAGCUUUAUCCACCAGAUGUUCAGAAUUAUAUCCCUUUUUGUUGUGGUCUGCUCUGUGAACAGAGUGCAAAUGUCUGGCUUGGGAAUAGCUUUUAUGAAAGCUUUAUCAUCCCUUUUGCUUCAAAGUACUGGGUCCACACCCAUCCCCCACUCUUCUUUGUAUAUACCUGGAUGUUUGUCACUGAAAGUAUCCUUUUUUUAAAAACUUGAUUUCUCAAAAUUCUCAUUACAGUAAUUUUCUUAAUGUCAUGUUUGCUUGUUUUUUCUUUUGACUUUUCUAAUACCUGAAAAAAAAAUACAAUGGAAAAUAAUGAAAUUGUAAAAACACUGAAGUAAAACUUAUUGUUGGUGCAAGAUGUUAUUUAAUAAUGAAAGCUGUUUUCCAUCCUAUUUGCAGAGACAUAAAAAAAAAAAAAAGAAUUUGCACUGCUCAGUGUGUGCAGGCUAUAUAUUGUGUUGAUGUUCUGCCAUUGACUUGUAUGAUACCUGCUGUGACUGGCAUUGGGAACAGUGGUGUGCUUGCAGUGAAUGCACCAACAGCCACCUGCUAUAAAUAAACAUUAUUUACAAACA